CUUACCAUACUUUAACCCGGCCUUGCAUUAUACUACCACCGCUCUCACGGAAUAAAACAAUCUAUUUAAAUCUUGGGGAUUUCCAAAGUAGUGAACUGGACUGAUUAGCUAAGAUUAUGUUUUGACAGACGAAAAAAUAAUUUUGUGUUUGUUGAUUUGUGUUAGGUUUAUUUUCUUUAUUCCUAAUAAAGCGGCCAUAGCCAGGAUAUUUAUACUGAAAUUGUUGCCUGCUGGGCUCGUUCUAUACCAUUCAUAAAUGGCAGAACUUGAAGGGUCUAGUAUUGAUGAUUUGCCCAGAGAUGACAUUAUCAAAGCGAAUAUUCUGGCAUAUCUUCCCCAUAUUCGCACCUUCAUUCAAUCGACAGAUCUUCUCAGAUUGGAAUGUUAUAGCAAAGAGCAAAGAAAGAAGAUAUUUGAACUGUCCCGAAAGAGCGUUGACAAAGCUGUUGAGCUCGGUUUGCGAAUGCUUAUCUAUGACAUAGAGGACUCCGGGCGUUUUACCGCGUUCAGGGAGCUGAUGGCCAACGAAAACGGAUAUCCAAAGAUUGCCCGAUACAUCGAGGGUGAAAUUGUUGCUUCAGAUGAACACUUCAGGAAACUUUUGGAACUGUUUGCUGAUCAAAUAGUUCCAGUAGUGAAUCCAACGGAGAUUUUACCAUCCUUGCUUACAAGAGAACUUAUAACGAACGAAGAUGUUCAGAGGAUUAUAGCUGAAACGCAUAACCACGGCAGGGACGUUGCAGCAUGGGAAAUGCUUUUAAGAUUACAAAGCAGAAAGGAAAACUGGUUUAAAGAUUUCUUGGUCAUUUUGAUUGACCAUGGAUAUAACGAUGUAGCGGAAAAACUGGAGCCGGAUAUGUUCAACAAGAUUGUUGUGCAGAAAAACGAAGACACUCAGUUGAGUGACAAUUUAAGAGAUAGCAACGUUUCUAUGAGUUCUGAAACAGAGGAACCAAAUGCUUUUGUGACUGAAAAAUGUGAAAUUGACAGUGGGGAGCACAAACAAACAAACACGGAUAUGGAAAUGACAAAUUUGAAUUCAGAACCAAUUGCCAGCUCUCAUUGCAAACCUAACGAACUUGGAUCGAAUACCUUAAAGAUUGAGUUGGACGAACUUGGCAUGGAAAUUGUGGACAUGCUACUGCCGCAAAACAAAGAAGCAGUUGUGACUCCCUGCGUCAAUGAUGAUACUACAAGUUUAAAAGCCAUACAAGCAAGAACCUUCAGAAGUGACAGUCAGACAGAUGAUGCGAUAACUGCGGAUAAAAGCGAAACUGAUAAAUUUCAAUUAAAAGAAUCCAUUACUCGAUACCCUGAUCACGAAGUACUGACCCAUUUGAAUAUGGAAACAGAAGAAACACUUGUUAAAGUUAUUGCAAGAGACGAUAUUACCAGCGGAUUAAGUCCACAAGAGGCUCAUAAAAACCAAACACAGUUAAAAAUCCAUGACGAUUCUAGCAAAAAUCACGUUUCACUGUCUGAUUUCAGCAACGAUGAAAUUAUUAAAGGUAACUUGAAAUCUUUUUCUGGAUAUAUCUGUCUGUGUUUGGAGCCAACCGACUUUUUAAGACUGCACUAUUUUAAUCAAGAGCAACGCAAAAUGUUGAGAGACUGUGAAGACAACAUGGCUGUCAAAAUUGGCUAUGAUAUUUUCAUGAACGAAAUUGACGACCCUGGACGAUUUGUAGCUUUUUAUGAGCUUAUGGCUGGAGAAAAUGGCUAUCCCAAAAUUGCACAGUUAUUGAAAGGGGAGUUCGUUGCUUGUGACGAGCAUUACAGAAGAUUGCUGGAUUUAUUUGUGGACGAUUUAUUAGAAAAAAUCACUGAUCCUACAACACUGAUUCCUAUUCUUGAAAGAUUCAAAGCUAUAAAUGACGCUGACGCACAAGAAAUAAGAGCAGAAUAUGUCAAUAAAGGGCAUUAUCGAGCUAUUUGGGUGUUGCUGUUCAAACUCCCUUGUAGAGUAGAGACUUGGUUUAAGGAUUUCAUGAAUGCUCUCAUUGAAUGCGAUUUAUUGGCACUGGCUGAAAAGUUGGAACCUGACAUUUACAAAAAAUUGAUGGCGCAACAUAGGUACAAUGAACAAAACAGUUGUGUGACCGAGACAGAAAUUGCAUCUUCAUUUGAAUCGGGAGAAGCAAAAAGCUGCGGAAAUGAAGACGUCCCUGACUUUAGCGAAUUACUCCAAUCUUCUCCAAUCUUGUCCGAUGAAGAAGAAACAUGUUUGAAAGCAAAAUCCGCUGUUGAUGACGUAACAUCGGCUUUCAAAGAACUUCUGCAUAACACUGAUAACCAUGAGACAGAAAUAUAUUCUCGACUUCCAAAAGAGGGAACACAAACGACUGUAAAACAAGCAAGGUCUCAGAUGGAUGCAACUGAAGCUGGAAAGCGAUUAGUUUAUGACAAAGACUUUUUAUUGGCAUGUAAAGGAUCGCCCCUUUCUUCGAUUUGUCCACCCGAAAUAGCAAACAUUCCGGACAUUGACAUACGUAUGCCUUCUAAAAUCGGUGUCCAGGACGCAGGAAACAAUGAGAAUACGAUACGAAACGAUUUAAAUAUAAUUGGACCGGAAAGGGUCUUUAGCGAGAAAGAGUUUGAGAUCAAUAUUGAGACAGACCAAGACGAUCUUGGAACGAAUGUUAAUGACGUGGAUAUAAGUCUACGGGGUUACCAAGAAGAGUUAGCACAGGAGGGUUGUGAUGGAGAAAACGUUAUAGUGAUGGCUCCAACAAACUCGGGCAAGACCAGGGUGGCAUGCAGAAUUAUGCAGGUUCACCUAAGACGGAAAAUAGCAGAAAGGAAGAAGGUUCGUAUUUUAUUUCUUGUCGAAAACGAAGCGCUAGCCAUCCAGCAAGGAGAAGUAUGUGCAGAACGACUUCCAACUUUCAGGACAAAGGUGUUCAGUGGAAACGUCCACAGGCUGAAAAAGCAAAUGCUCUGGGAUUUCCUUGAAAAAAGAGACAUCUUUGUUGUAACAGCACAGAUUCUUGUGAAUGCUUUAAAAGCAAAGAAAAUUGAAAGUGUCAGAGAAUUUUCUCUGAUUGUGUUCGACGAAUGUCAUCAUUCAAAUAAACAACACAUGUAUAAUGAAGUUAUGGCUCGGUAUCUUCACCUAAAACUGCGGGAGAAAGUCGAUUCUUCUGAAAUGCCCCAGAUCGUUGGACUAACAGCAUCCUUGGGCGUUGGUGGAAAGACUGAACUGGGCCAAGGAGUAGAUCAUAUGAAGAGAAUUAUGGCAAACAUGGACGCAAAGUUUCUCUGUACAGUGAGAAACCCCAAAACAAUUCAGGAAUUGAAAUCAUAUGUGAACCCACCGGUUGAAGAACUAUUGCCAGUUCCUGGAAGAGCUGACGAUUCGUUCAAAAAUGCUGUCGAAGAAAUAGCCAAGCGCAUCGACGCACAUAUGGCGACACAUCGAGCUUUACGGGAUGCUGCUCCAGAGGAUGAAUUUAUAAAGACAAAAUGCAGAUUUCCACCGACAUUUGGAACCGAGAAAUACAUGCAAUGGAAUGCUGAGUUCGUGAAACAUAUUGCAAAGGUCCGAUCAAAAGACAUUCGUCGAGUGAUAAAUCCUUGUCGGUUACAUUUAGAGGUGUACAACAAAGCGUUAAUGGUGCAUAGUGAUGCGAGGAUAAGAGAUGCACUGGUUAUUCUUAAAGAGUUUAUGGACGACUUCAGGGUAGUUCGAGCAGAACAUCCUACAGAUGACUUUCUCAUGGCUCUUUAUGAUGAGCUUCGUGAAGAAACAUUCGACAGGGAACUAGAAAACCCCAAACUGCUCGAACUUGAGCAAAUACUCUCUAGAGUUCUUUGCGAUGACAAGAAUGGCAGAGGAAUUAUAUUUGUGCGAACGCGGGAAUUGGCUCUAGCGUUGGUUAGAUGGGUGAACGAAACAGAUUGUUUGGACAUUCUAAAUGCUUCCGAUUUCGUUGGACAAAGUGCAUCCGCUUCAGUUGGAGGGAUGACGAAGAGUGGCCAGAAAGAUGUGUUGCAGUACUUUAAGGAUGGACAACACCGACUUCUUAUUGCGACGUCUGUAGCUGAGGAGGGUCUUGAUAUAUCUAAAUGCAACCUUGUGAUUCGUUAUGAGCAUGUCACUAAUGAAAUCGUCAGACUUCAAUCGAGAGGGCGGGCGAGAGCAAAAGAUAGCUUGUACUAUGUUAUUGCGGAGGAGGGGUCUUGGAUUCUGGAAAAAGAAGAAAAGAAUCGUCAAUGUGAAGAACUUAUGAAUAAGGUUGUUCCAGACCUGCAGGUGUUUAUUGAAGAUCAUGCAAACGUCUGGGAGAGAGAGCUCUUAGAAAUUCAAGAAAGAAUGAAACAAGAGGAAGAAAAACAAGCAGAAGAAAGAAGGCUAAAUACGGCAGCUUCAGGUGUCCGCUUUGAAUGCUUAAACUGCAGCUCCUUUAUUUGCUUGUCUGACGAUAUUAGGGUCAUAAAAUAUGCACAUCAUGUUAUUAUUGAUGAAGAAGCAAAACGACGCCUUAGCCUCAAAAGGGGGACUCCUUUACAUAUUGAAGAAGAAGGCGCCCAAUAUGGAGGGUCCUUGUAUUGCGCAAACGAGGAAUGCCAACGGAGACUCGGAUCGAUUUGCACUUACAAAUCCUCUGAGUUUCCACUGGUAGAAAUAAAGAGUUUCAGGAUCGUUGAUCAUUUAGGAAAAGGCCGCUCGUUUAAGAAAUGGAAAAAACUCAAUUGCAGAAUCGAGGAAUUUACAUUUGAAGACUUGGAGGCUGUUGUUGCUGAAAGACUUGCGAAUGUUUAAACUGCUGGUGUCAUUUUUGCGUUUGAUGAAAUAUUUUGCUUUAUGAAUUACAAACUACAGCUACUAGAUAUAGUUAAUAACAAUGCCGUUUUAAAUACCAAAAUAAAAUUGUUGUUAACUCUUAUUUUAUUCGUUUAAUGUGCGUUUUAAAGUGUGCUGUUAUUCAUAUUGACACUAACUUGAAUGACAUUCGUUGAAGCAAAAUGCUUCAAAUCGUUCCAUUAUUAUCAAUUGUGUUAUUUAAUUUAUAUUUGUAAAUCAAAUAUUUAUAGUAUGCAUUGUGAUACAUUGCACGUCUUAGCUAUCGUGUAUAAUUUAUUGUGAUAAUUGUAAAAGUUGUGGCUAUGUCAAAGUAUAGCAAUCUGGUGAUUAUGAUAAACAACUAAUAUAAUAGUCGCUGAGCGAGUUUCCCUUUCGUGGUACUGCAUUGUCCAAAACAUAUAUUAUUCAAAUGUUACCACGUCAGUUAGUCGUCUGGUGCGAAUUUAUUUAUUCUCUGUACUGCAUGUGUAUUAUAUAAGUGAUGUUUUUGCAAUGCUUAUCUGAAUUAGCUUUGUGAUUUGUUUUGGUGAUAUGGCUGCACAUAUCAUGUAUUCUUGUUCGACUGAUGGAAUUGCUUUGUACACUUUGCUUUGUAAUGCCAUAAUAUGUUGUAAGAUUUCAUGCAGAAGAACACAGCGACAGCCAAAAGUUGAAUGUUUGCUUAAACUUAUUUUUUUGUCAUAAUUUGAAAUGGUAUUUUGUGAUUUAUUUAUUCAUUUAUCAUUUAAUUGAUUUUAUAACAUAACUUACGGCGCAGUAGUGAUCCAUGAAGUAGUAACUCCAUGCAAUAUUUUUCAUAUACAACUAGUGUUAUACAAAUUGGGUAACUGCAUCACAGACAAUAUAUAUAUUUAUACGCGCUGUCAAAAAAAGUAAACGAACAUGGCGUCGGCCGAAUUUCUCCUCGAGGACAAAGUAUCAAUAGAUGGCAAAGGUAUUUGUAUUGUAAUCGUAUUGAAACCGAAAUUGAUUUCUGUGGCUUUGGAUCAUUGCACAUGGUAAAAAUAGACGUACAAUGUUAUUGAUUCUAAUCCAAUGGUAUUUUCGUUUAUAAAUGUACAUAUCUUUAUCUGAAACACUGAUGUCGCUGACAUUUGUUAAAGCAGUAUGUUUUCAAUUCGAUCAUUUUUGUUGUGUUAAAUUACUUUCUGUAAAAUGAAGAUGUUGGUACUUAUGAUAGCUUUACAUAUUUAUGGCAUGCAUUUUGAUACAUUGUAUAAUAUAGCGAUACUGCCUUUAUAUAGUGAUAGUGUGAUUGUCAAAGUGUAAACGCAGUGGUAACAGUAUGACAUGAGGUUUAUAUUUUAACCAUUGUAAAUGUUGCGAAAGUGUGAGGUUAUGCGCAUAUACACUUGUUUAAACCCCCGUUUAACUCAUGACCCAGUGAACUCGUGCUUCUGUGAUCUAAGGCGGUAAUCCAAUCAUUCAUUGAUUAAGCGAUUGUAAUGUAUGUUUGUGGUGUCUGUACAUUUUCGUCUCUCGUUUAUUGUCGUUUGGCCCUAACUCUAUGCCUGUAAACAGGAUUUAUACAUUAUGGUUGUACUACUGGGCAUGGUCCUUCAGUUUUCAUUGUAUUACGUCAAAUUAUAGAAAAACAACAACCCGUAUUCACUUAACCAAUAAUGUUUAAUGGUACUGGUGUUUUCUUUUCCAAAAAAGAGUCAAGCAUUAUGCGCGUCUUUUUGUUCUUAUUUAAAUAUUUAUUUGACUGCCUUUUUCUAAGCCCGAGCCAAAACAAUUCGUGGGGCGAAUGCCUGAAUGUACCAAACCUUCUCAAUCUACAUGUUUAAUUAUCUAGGUACUUCAAAGCAUUUAUACCACGAACAUUUCUCUUUAUUUUGUCAAGAAGAGUUUGUAACCUAUACUAGCUUCCUCCGUGUAUGUCAUGCAUAUAGAUAAAAGGUACAGCAAACCGUUAAUGUCUAGUAUGAAGUGAUUUCCCCAUCUAUGUAAUGCAUAUAGAUACGGGCCCGGGGUACAAGCAUACCGUUUAUGUCUAGUAUGAAGUGAUUCCCCCAUCUAUGUAAUGCAUAUAGAUAAAAGGUACAGCAAACCGUUAAUGUCUAGUAUAAAGUGAUUCCCCAUCUAUGUAAUGCAUAUACAUACGGGAUACAGCAAACAGUUAAUGUCUAGUAUGACGGGAUUCCCCCAUCUAUGUAAUGCAUAUAGAUACGGGGUACAGCAUACCGUCCAUGUCUAGUAUGAAGGGAUUCCCCCAUCUAUGUAAUGCAUAUAGAUACGGGGUACAGCAUACUGUCCAUGUCUAGUAGCUAGUGAUAGUGCUUAAGAUGUCCGUUAUACAAAUACGCUUGUCAUGACAAUAAUGUCAAAUGUUGAUGCCUGUUGACACAUUUAAUUUUCGUGUCUAAAUGUUGUUCUACAAUCAUUCUAGGCCAAAUAUGUGUAUUUGUAAUUUUGUUCAGUAUAUUUAUUUGCAUAUUUGUUCUUUACACAUCAAACUUUUUGCAACGAUACAACUUUAUAUGGGGUCGUUAGGCAUCCAAAAAUCACAGCAUUGUACAUCAGAUACCUAAAUAUUCCCUAAAUAUUAGUAAACUAGCUGAGGUAAAAUUGUGGCAUGUGAAAAUAACAUUAUUGUAUUAUUUAGUAUUCAAUUAAUCGUCGUUGCAACACACGUCUGUUAUUGUGUUGGUUUAAGCAAUAUUAAUUUUAAUAUAAAGGUUUUGAUUUCCAGGUGUACAAAGUUAAGACACAACGAUUAACUGAUGCAAUGAUACAUAUAAAAUGUAGACAAGUGAUAUAAGUUAAAAUAACCAUGACGAAAAACAGAGCAUUAAAGCUAAUACGUGCGGGCUUUAUGUCCUGCUUCUGGAAAUGUGUUUGGGUCAAUUGAUUGGUCCCAUUUCGGCGAGCAAUAAUGUAUUGUGCAAAACUUUGUAUUUCCUGUUUAGUAUACACAAUUUAUGCAUUGUGUAUCAGGGAGUCUUUUGCGUUAAUGAUUUUUGACUGCAGUGCUUGUUUCUGUAGUUUUAUUGUAUUAUUGAUGAAGUCACGUUUUUUGUCGGAAUAAAAGUAUGUUUGUCGAGCUCGUUAUAACGGACGUUUUAUUUCAACAUGUUGUUUGAAAACAUUUGAUGUAUUUAAAAGGCAAAUCUGUAAUUUUGUAAUAUGUUGUUGAUUGAUAUUUUCCAAUAAGCGAAAUGCAUUGCCCAGAGACUCGAAAACCGCCAAUAGACGAUUGAUGAAUGCUUGCUAAGCCAAUUUAAUUGUUUAAUGUUAUGUCGUAGUUUUAACAGAUAGUUCAUGAUUGUUUUGGUUCAUUUAUAAUUCAUUGUUUUACAUUAUCCUUAUUUGUCUAUGAAAGUAUUUAUACAUUGCAAUGUUAUCAGUAUUUAUUUCUCUAUUAAGAACAUUCAUAUAUUGUCUGUGAUGGCUUUUUCUUUUUAUGUCAAUACUUUAGUUAAAUGUAUUUAUAUGAAUAAACGUUAUGGAUGUA